CCUCUUGGCAAAGGGAAGGGGCCGGGCCUCGGCUGGCUCCGCAGUCGAUUGCAAAGGGCUGGGUUUCGCCCUGCAAGGGAAAAAAAAGGGGGGGGGCUUCGUUUGCCUGGCCUUUGGGGCUGGCCACCGACUUCUUGCUAGGGGCGGACGCGCAGACCCCCCCCAAAAAAGUGGGGAGGGGAGGAGGAGGCAAAAGGAACCCCGUGGAUUGCAAGCCGCCGGCCCCCCCCCCCCCCCGAAGGCCGUUUCCCUCCCGCGCGCCUCGCCUCCCUGUCCAAACAAUGUUCCAGACGUUAUAUAACUACUUCUGGUGGGACCGCCUCUGGCUGCCGGCGAACCUAACCUGGGCCGACCUCGAAGACAACAAUGGGCAGGUGCACGCCAAGGCCUCCGACCUCUACGUCACCUUCCCUUUGGCCUUCGUGUUUCUUCUGCUCAGACAUCUCUUUGAAAUGUACGUGGCCACCCCUCUAGCUGCUCUCCUGAACGUCAAGGACAAAGUACAAUUAAAAGCCACGCCAAAUCCCGUCUUAGAGACCUUCUACUCCUCUUCUUCCAAACAUCCCAAACAGCCGGAUAUCGAGGCCCUUUCCAAGAAAUGUGGCUGCACUGCACGGCAGGUGGAGAGGUGGUUUCGCCGGCGACGCAAUCAGGACCGGCCCAGCUUGCUCAAGAAGUUCCGAGAAGCCAGUUGGAGAUUCACAUUUUACCUUCUUGCUUUCAUUGCUGGCAUGUCUGUGAUUGCAGAUAAACCCUGGUUUUAUGACUUACGGACAGUUUGGGAAGGUUAUCCCAUUCAGACCCUGCUCCCUUCCCAGUACUGGUACUAUGUCAUCGAGCUGUCGUUCUACUGGUCUCUGCUUUUCAGCGUCGCCUCGGAUGUGAAGCGGAAGGAUUUCACGGAGCAGAUUAUCCACCAUGUAGCGACCAUCAUUCUGAUUACGUUCUCUUGGUACACAAACUACAUUCGAGCCGGGACGCUGGUUAUGGCUUUGCACGACGCCUCUGAUUACCUGCUAGAGUCCGCAAAGAUGUUUAACUACGCCGGGUGGAAGAACACUUGCAACAACCUCUUCAUCGUCUUUUCUGUGGUCUUCAUCAUUUCGCGGCUUAUCAUCUUUCCCUUCUGGAUCCUGCGCUGUACGGUGAUCUACCCCUUGGACGUGUACCCUGCUUUCUUCGGCUACUAUUUCUUCAACUCCAUGAUGAUUAUCCUUCAAUGUCUACACAUAUUUUGGGCAUACUACAUCAUGCGCAUGGCCCAUAAAUUCAUAACUGGAAAGAUGGUGAAAGAUGAACGCAGCGACCACGAUGAAACCGAUAACACGGAAGAGGAAGAGGAGGAGAAGGUGGGGGCUGCGGCAGGGCACAGCACCAAGAACGGCCCGCUGACCAACGGGCACCCCGUCUUGAACAAUAACCACCAGAAAGCCGACUGAUUCCGAACCCGCUCCGGCUCUAGCUGGCCCACCGUUUUGCCGCGAUCUGAGAAUCUGGAGGCCGUUCCGAAAACUUUCCCGCCAGGCGAACGUCAUUCCACCGAGCGCCGAAGGGGGGCCCUCCGCUCUCCGACGUUUGUGACCCCCUUCCUCAAACGUUGGCGGCCGCGCGGGCUUUGGGUUCGCCGAGAUAGGAAAGGGCUCGGAUGCUCCCGCCGUCUCGCAGUUUCCUUAGGAGAGAUAAAGCCAUUCCCGAUGGCCUCUUUUUCUGACGGGGCAGCUACUGGAAAGUUGGAUUCUUCAGGGGGAAGUGGGGAGGGGGGAGACAAAUGUCCUUUUUCUCCGGCCCUUGGUCUUUCACCAAACUGCCUUAAAGAUUAAAAGCCUGGGGUGAAGAGGACCCCGAGACUGUUGCCUUUUGCAUUUCUCUCUCUCCUUUCUCCUAACCUUACAAAUCGGCUCACUACUCAAAAGCGACGGGAAAGGAAGCACUGUACUACAAGUAACAUUCCCCCCCCACCACCACCCUGCUGCAGCAAUUCUUUUUGAUUCUCUGUUCUGGUAACAACCCCUUAAAAGCCCCGGACCAAUCCUCCUUUUUUUUUUUUUCCCCUGUGCCAAAAGCUUUGUCACAUUUUUUAAAAAGAAAUCUGGGCUUCUUCUGCUCUCUUGACUUCCUUUCCUGCUUCUUCCCGCAAGAAACGCGAUACAGGAAAAGAACAUUAAGAUAUUGGGGGUUCACCUCUGUAAUUUUCGAAGGCUGGUGGGGGGAGGGGGGAAGCGUUUGGGGUGAACAUUGGUUUUCUGCUGCGCUCGCUCCGUCUGAAGGCUUCUUCCUUCCGGAUUCGGGAGAGGGCAGGCAUGAGUUUUACACAAGAGUAGGACUGUUAUUCCCUGCUUCCUGGCCCUAGAGCUGCAACUCAGUUUGCUUGAGUUUCUACACUGGGGGUGAGGGAGAGCCCUCUCCUAUUAACCAGUCUCAGAUCUACUAGUUUUUUUUUUAAUAGGGGGGGGGGGGUUGCACAUGAGUUGGGCCUUUGCCCCCUCUUCCGGCUGCAAAGCCCCUUCGAUCCUUGAAGAUGUUCGUUACACUCUGUAGAAGUCAUGCUACGUACAUCUAUAUUCCUUUGGGGAAAAUAAAUUCUUUAUUUUUGGGGGUAGGUUGGUGGGGGGAAGAAAUCCAGAAUAUUCUUUAGACGCUCCAAAACUCAUUGGGGAUAGACAUUAUUGGAUGCCUGAAAUGCCUUUUUCUCCUCCCCCCCCCCCAAGUUCCGCCCUGCUGCCUUCUCUAAGAGCGACUGUUAAAUAGGUAUGUUUUUUCCAAAAAGAAAGUGGAGAACUAUUUAAUUAAAGAGGUACCGUCUCCCUGCCCGGUUUCCGAGGAGCGUGUGCACGCGAGGUUGCAUUUGAGGCUGUGAGAUGAUUGCAGCAGUUCAGUGUGUUGCCUCCAUACGCUCCCCCCCCCCCCCCCGAAAUACGGAUGCAUGCCUGUCCAGCUGCAUUUCUGUACAAAACAGACACUAACACACACACAAAUGAGCCAUACACCUCUCCUUUCACCUCCCGUUUUUGUUGCUGGGGGUGGGGGGAGAAACCACGCACGACCUCUUAGGGCUGGAAUGGUUUUUGUGGUUCUGAUCUGCAGACGGCUACACCUUCCCCUUUCUCUAUCAUGUCACCCCUCGUUGGGGGUUGGGGGGAAGAGAUGUUCUACCAUGAUUGGGACAGAAUCCUGGGCCCCAAAAGUGAGGUUUUGGCCGCCUCAUCCUCCUCGUUUUGAGCUCUGAAGCAGAAUCUUUCCCCCGACCCCUUAAUUUAUUAGUUAGGACUUCUGCAAACCCAAAGAGAGGGAACGCAAACCGGGGCUCAGCUUGAAGGACAGGCCCCUACUUGGCGGGAGCAGACGGCAAGCGCGCGUUUUCCCACAUCUUAGCCACAAAAGGCUGAGGUGCACGAGGGGAGGGGUGGGGGUGGUACACAAGGACCAGUAACCUUCCGUUCAGACCAAAAUGUUUUUUUUUUGUUUAAAAUAUAUUAAAAGCCUAAAUAAAACUAAUAAACAUCUGUUUAAAAAGA